UCUGGCGGAGGCUUUACGGGGACGCGUCCGGUCAGCAGCGACAGCAGAACCGCUUCGGUACCAGUGUAGGUACCGGCAGCAGAGGCUCCAGGUCCGGGAAUCCUGCACACAUCCGAACAUCUGCAGCACAAACGGACUCCUGGAUGAGCCAGGCGGAAGUGACGUCACCGCUUGUUCCCAGCUGACCCGUGCAGCCAGCAGCAGAGACAUGAACGUGAACCAGGGGACGGUGGGCAGCGACCCGGUCAUCCUGGCCACGGCCGGCUACGACCACACCGUCCGGUUCUGGCAGGCCCACAGCGGGAUCUGCACCAGGACGGUCCAGCACCAGGACUCCCAGGUGAACUCUCUGGAGGUCACACCUGACAGGAGCAUGAUCGCUGCUGCAGGCUAUCAGCACAUCCGGCUGUACGACCUGAACUCCAACAACCCAAACCCCGUCAUCAACUACGACGGCGUGAGCAAGAACAUCACGUCUGUGGGCUUCCAUGAGGACGGCCGCUGGAUGUACACAGGAGGAGAGGACUGCAUGGCGCGCAUAUGGGACCUGAGGUCCAGAAACCUCCAGUGCCAGAGGAUCUUUCAGGUCAACGCUCCUAUCAACUGUGUGUGCCUGCAUCCCAACCAGGCUGAGCUGAUUGUGGGCGACCAGAGCGGCGUCAUCCACGUCUGGGACCUGAAGACGGAUCACAACGAGCAGCUGAUCCCCGAGCCCGAGGUGUCGGUCAACGCCGUCCACAUCGACCCGGACGCCAGCUACAUGGCUGCCGUCAACAGCUCGGGUAACUGCUACGUCUGGAACCUGGCAGGAGGCAUGGGAGACGAAGUCACUCAGCUCAUCCCCAAGACCAAGAUCCCAGCACACAAGCGCUACUCCCUGCGCUGCAAGUUCAGCCCCGACUCCACGCUGCUGGCCACCUGCUCCGCUGACCAGACCUGUAAGAUCUGGAGGACGUCCAACUUCUCCCUGAUGACGGAGCUGAGCAUCAAGAGCAACAACCCAGGAGAGACGUCCAGGGGCUGGAUGUGGGACUGCGCCUUCUCUGGAGACUCCCAGUACAUCGUCACUGCGUCUUCAGACAACCUGGCUCGCCUGUGGUGCGUGGAGACGGGCGAGAUCAAGAGGGAGUACAGCGGCCACCAGAAGGCCGUGGUGUGUCUGGCCUUCAACGACAGCGUGCUCAGCUGAGGAGGAGGAGGAGGAGCUCCUUACAGGCGAAGAGGAUCAGUGGAAAUGACCAAAAGGUUUCCCUCAACCACAGGUCUGAAGGUCUGAAGGUCUUCAGCAGAACGUUUCCCUGAAGAGCUUCAGGUUCUCCUCUUUCCAGCCGGGACUCAGUCGUCAGUUUAAACCGUUUAACAUCUCUCUGUUCCUCAUCCUAUUUAUUGCCUAAAGGAACCUUCGUAAUCACAAUAAUUAUACUUUCAGAC